GUUUCAACGGAUAUGUUUGUCUUAAAUUAUAGCGAUUACAACGCGAUGUCAAAUGGUUGCUUUUCACGCUAUUAGAUUGUUUUACCAACGUUUGUAAUUUUACACCGAGAGUGAAAUAAAAAACUUAGGUAUAUGAAUUUACAAUUUUUUGAAACGAGACAAAUUUAUUAGUCUUUUCUACGCACAGCAUCAUUUAUUUGAGCAAUGGACUUGCGUCCGGAAAUAAUUCAUAACAGCCUCAGUCAGGUUGGCUUACCGUCGACUCUUGAGGAUCUUCAAAAUCCGACCAAAGAAUAUGUGCUUAAUCUUAUAAAGCAAUUUCUUAAUAGAUGUCACAUAGAUUACGCAACAAUAAUUAAACCAACUUUGGAUCAAUCAAAUUCAUUGACUUUGGUUGAAUUUGACCCAGAAAUGGUAUCGCUAAUCAAUCUUUCGGAAGCAAUGUCUGGUAUCUGCUCAGACAUAUUUAUGAAGGAUUUUUGUCUUACCGACUUGACUAGUCCAACACCAAAAAAAACUUGUAAACUGGCAAAAGUGCUAUCUAACUUUCUGCUUUAUGCGGAUACGAAACGAGAAAAGAUAGAAGAAGCAAUUGCAGAACGCAGAUUCAAACAAGAACGCCUUGACAACAUCAAAAAAGAAAUAAAUAAAUGUAGAGAACUGAAGAAUCAAAAAGCUGUAGAAAUUGCUAAAAAAAUAACUCUCAAAGAACAGUACACUGCAGAAAUUGCAAGUUUGCAAUCUCUAAGAGAGCCAAGAAAAGCUCAAAUUUCAGAAGCACAAGGAAAGCUUGAGGUUCUCGAAAAAGAAAAACUUGAAGUUUUGAAAAAACAUGGAGAAUUAGUCAGUGAAGCAAUUGAGAUGCGCACAAUGACAGAAGAGCUCGAGUCAAAACUCGUAAGAUCGCCAGAACAGUACGAGGCUCGUUUUAAGGAACUCAUUGAACAAAAGAAACAUCAAAUAGAACAGCGACAUGUAAUCGAGGCAGCGAUGCAAUCUAAAAACCCGGCAAUUGCAAAAUUGCAGAGCCAUUUGUCCAUAGUUUCCAAUCUACAUAGUAAAAUUCCCGAAAUAACAGAAACAUAUGAACGUCUCCAAAAAUCGAAAAAAAUCCUGGAAGAGGCAAAGAAAAAAGUUGCCCAGAUGAACGCUAUGAUCAAGGAUGAGACUGCGCUUUCAGCAGAGGAAAACAGUCAAGCUGUUGAUAGAAUUUUGCAAAGAACUAAAGACGAGUGCGAUGAACAUUUAGCGUCGAUUCGUUACGAGCUCAGUGAAUUAUUGAAUGAGAAAAAACGUGUGGAAUGUAAACUCGCUGAUGCUCAGACGCGCCAACAGGAAAUUUAUACGCAGCGAGAUGAAAUUUCCGUUACUAUUAAAAAAGUGAUUGAUGAAAUCGAAGAAUUGGUGGCUUAUGGUCAGGAGACGUACGACAAGGAAAUCGAUCGGUUACGGAAAGAGAAAGAGAUGCUGGAAAAGGAGCACUGAUAAAAAUGGAAAACCGGUGAAAAUAUCAUUGUGAUCGACGGGUUGAAAAAUAAUUCCACGGGAAUUCAUCAAGGCGCUUUAACAGUUGCGCCUGUGUAAGAGCGCUCGCCAAAAAUCAGAUAUUUAAUGUCGAGGGAGAAAAGUUAGACCUGAAUCUCUGAUAAGAAAUUAACAACGUAUGACGUUUUCGUCAAAAGAAAUCACUGUCAAGUAUGUACACACUGGUGCACAAAAUUGAAGGAUCACUCGAGGUUUUGGGAACACUUUCCCCCUCUCCCCCUAUCUUUCUACACCGACAGAAUUUACCGAAAUUUCAUAUUUUGCCAAAAUUUUGAUGAUCCUACAAUUUCGUGUACUAAUGGAUAAAAAAUAUGUUUGACCUACGUUUUACAAUACGUUGUUCUACAAAGUUAAUAAAAUGCAAAAAAAGAAUA